AUGAAGUUCUAUGGCCUAUUUGGUGAAGGGAGUAGAGUGAAUCAGUUUAUAUGUGCUUUUUUGAUAAAUGUACCGGUAUUCGCCUACGGGGCAAGUAUAGGAUGGAUGUCACCCAUGACUUUGCUCUUGCAGUCAGAUAAGUCACCAAGAGGAACGCCACUUACUGACCUGGAAGUGUCUUAUAUGGCGUCCAUAGCUUACCUUGUUUGCAUUCCAGGCGACUUUAUUAUGGCAUAUAUUGGUGAUUGGAUUGGAAGGAAAAGGACUCUUAUGUUAAUUUCUGCUUCUUGUGCCGCUACAUGGAUUAUGCUUCUGUUUUCCAUGGAAGUAUGGGCACUGAUUCUGGCACGUGCCCUUGUGGGUAUUGCCAUGGCAGGCUGCUACGUCACGUGCCCCAUUUAUAUCAAGGAGAUCAGUGAUGACAGUAUACGGGGAGCUUUAGGAUGCUUGAUCGUGUUAUCGCACACAACUGGCAACCUAUUUCUCUACGUCAUAGGAGAUAUAUUAAGUUAUCGAACUAUAUUGUGGACCUGUUUGUCAAUACCAGCAUUUCACCUGGUGCUCUUCAUGAUGAUGCCAGAAACACCAUCGUAUUUAGUCAAACGGGGGAGGACUGAGGAAGCAAUACGCGUUGUAGCUUGGUUGCGUUGUAGAAAUAUAACAGACUCUUCUGUCACAUCCGAAGUUCAAUUACUACAGAAGGAGCAGAAGAAUGACGAGGGAAGCAAUAAGUUCUUACUGAAAGCUAUCUUCAAAGACCGAACACUUUCUCGCGCAUUUCGCCUCGCCAUGGUAGUCACCCUAGCAAGAGAAGUCUGCGGGGCAGUACCAGUCAUGAAUUUUGCGGGGGAAAUAUUCGCCAUAGCUUCUAAGGAAAAUGGUCUCGUACUAAGUCCAAAUCAGCAAGCCAUGCUACUUGGCGCAGUGCAGGUAGCUGGCUCGGCUUUAGCUUCUAGUAUUAUCGAGAAAGCUGGAAGAAAGUUUAUCCUCUUCACGACAUCGCUGAUCUCCGGUCUAAGCAUGUGCGUGCUGGCAUCCUGGUUCCUGGCGAGAGACUACGAAUUAUACUUGCCUAACUGGCUGCCCAUUGUUACACUGUGCCUUUGCAUCUUCUGCGACUCGUCGGGUCUUGCACCCAUGUCUCUCGUCAUCGCUGGAGAAAUAUUCUCAUUUAAGUACCGUGGAACAGUAAUGGCAGCAACGAUGUCAACAGCAUCACUUGCUGACUUCUUCCAAUUAUUAAUCUUCAAGCCACUGGCCAACACUAUAGGAAUACAUGCAGCGUUUUACUUCUUCGGGUUCUUCUGUAUAUUUAUGUCGAUAUACGUAAUUUUCUAUGUCCCAGAGACGAAGGCAAGAUGCUUAGACGACAUUUAUGAUGACCUGAAUAAGAGUAAGAAAAAGACUAAAGAAAUUCCAGCUGCCUAA